GCGUGGAGGAAGCGAGCGGGCCGAGCCGAGGGGCGACCAGUCGGGGGAGCUGGGCGGAGGGCGCGGCGGUGGCGGCCGCUGCCGGGGGAUGCGCUGCCCGGGCGGCGUCGGAGGGCUCCGGGCGCUGCUGCCGGGGCUGGUGCUGGCGUUGCUGUGGCUGGCCGUGCCCGGCCGGGCGGGGGCGCCAUCGGAGCUGCGGGUGCGAGUGCGGCUGCCGGACGGGCAGGUGACGGAGGAGAGCCUGCAGGCCGACAGCGGCGCCGACUGCGUGGGCCUGGAGCUGCGCAAGGGCGACGGCACCCUCGUCUCCCUGACGGCCGACUUCAAGCAGGGGGUGGACGGCUCCAUGUUCGAGGUGCUGCCCCAGUCUGCCGACCUGCCAGACCUGCAGCGUUGCCGUCUUUGCUCGGACCGCUGGAAGGCCUGCAUUUGCAGCUACUCGCUGAGCAUUGAGUGGUAUCCCUGCAUGCUCAAGUACUGCAAGAGCCGCGAUGCCACCGGGAAAGUUACUUCGUAUAAGUGUGGCAUCCGGAGCUGCCAGAAGGGCUACACCUUUGACUAUUACGUGCCACAGAAGCAGCUCUGCCUGUGGGACGAGGAACCCACUUAGCAGGGGGGGAGCCUGGGAAGCCAUUUUGGUGCCUUGGCUCUUUCCUGAUGCCUCCCUCCGUGUCGUUCUGGAUCACACAAGCAAGAUGGCUGCCUAGAAGAGGAGAAAAGCAGCAAGGGCGUCUCAGAGGUGCUCAGUUUCAUGAAGAUUCGGUCCUAGCGAGUCUGGCUUCAUAGCAUUACGACUGUGUUUCCCUCGGACUCAUGGAAGGGAACUGUGUGUCACUGGCUCAGAAACAAAGAACCAUACGCACUUGAACUACACAGAGUUCUUGGAAAGCGUUUAGCCAACCCAAAACUGUUUGGCAUCAGCUGUCUUGACUUUCAUGUUUCUUGACUACCAAACACUAUGACUUCUGCGGCUCCUUUUUAACAAAGAGAUUUGAGGAAAGUGAAUGGGAAGCCUUUCUUGGCCCACCUCCCAGAGUGCCCACAAAGAGCUGAAGGUCUUGCGGCGUCAUAGAUUUCCUCCAGCCCAACACUCUCUGCGCCUGUGUUUCUGAAAGAUAUAGGCAACACUAAGCUUCUAUUUUCAUCGGCCUCUAGAGGGAGACAAAGAGCCACUGCAAGAUGGUUCCACACCUGAGACGUUGUCAUGUGACACAAAGUCAAAGCAAAGGUGGAAAAGGAUCCUGAACUGUUCUGUGCCUACAUAACUUUUUUCAGGAAGAUGGCAGCACCUGGUCAGGGGUACUAGCCUCCCGGAGCCCUUCCUGAUAACUCUGUGAUUGAUGCUAGGGGGGACGGGGAGUCGGGGGAGGUCACCAGACUCCACCCCUGGAUCCUGAUUGGCUCUCUAGCACUUGAUGGAGGAGGGCAGAGAAGAAUGAUCAACUGAAAAGUCUUCUCCUUGGCCAGGCCACUCAGUUCUUGCAAAUCUGGCUUUUCUGAUGCCCUAUUAUUCAGCCUUGCAAAACCUUCUCUUCUGUGGGGUGACGGUCAGGGUAGAAGAGAAGUUCAGGGGCCAAAGAACACACCUGAAAAUUGCUGAGUGUCUCUAUGCUGGUGUCGUCUUUCAACAUCUGCAGCACAUCUGUGCCUUUUGCCUGGAGUCCCCCACUGGGUCAAAAGCUGCCAGUCUGCAAUUUCAAGGGUCCCAUUUUAAUUCAUUGGAGCAGGGAACAAGGAUGCGCUUGAGGAGAAAUAGCCAGCUGGUGGUGUGG